CGAAAUCGAAAAUUUAUGGAAUUUGAGGCGGGCGAGUUUAGUGGGGAAGUACAUGAGCCACAGAAUGGACGCUGGCUAUAUGAUUUUGUGACAGCCGAACUGAAAGGAAAUGAUACACUCGAUGCUUGGAUCCAAGUGGAGCAUGACAGUGACAUCUAUAAGGAAAAGUUUGAGGCGCUGGCAGCUUGUGAUUUGGGUGGAAAUUAUUUGCCUGUCGAUUGCCACAAGACCGCGGAUGAUACAACUGUCAAAGUGGAGACAUUGGCCAAAGGCUUUCGCGUGUCUAUACCAGACAACAGCGUCGCCAAGAGAAUCGUAUUCAAUGUAAAUCGCAAUCAGUAUUUUAAGGAUUUUGUCACUGGCGAGUUAAGCGGGGAAGUACAUAAAUCGCAGAAUGGACGCUGGCAAUAUGAUUUUGUAAAUGCUACACUGAGAGCAAACGAUACACUUUUUUUAUGGCUGGAAGAGGAGAAUGACAAUGGCAUCUAUAAGGACGAGUUUGAGCCGCUGCAAGCUUGUGAUUUGGCUGGCAAUAAUUUGCCUGACGAUUGUCCAAAGAAGGCGGAUGAAACAAUUGAUAGCCACAAUCAAGUUAAUUACAGGGGAACAACCCCAACGCAUAUGUCUUGUCAGAGCAGUGAGACGGAGACGUCACCUGCAAUAGCAACCCUUUGCAAGGGUCAGUUGAUAUUUGAAGAGAACUUCGAUCAGCUAAACGAGACUCGAUGGCAGCACGAAGUCCGAACACCAUCUGAUAUCACAGAUGUCGAGUUUCUGCUGUACGAUGGCAAGGCACGAGUGCGCGAUGGACAGCUUAUCAUUGAGCCACAGCUUUGGUCUAGCUAUCGACCAGAUCUGGAUAUAACCAAUGCUAAGCUCGACUUAUCCGAGCGCUGUACGGGCAUCCACAAUCGACAAAAGGAAUGUGUACUGCGCACAGGUGGAACAUUUAUAAUGCCACCGGUAGUGGUGCCACGUAUAAGCACCGUGGAUUCUUUUCAAUUUAAAUAUGGACGCAUUGAGAUACGUGCUAAGCUGCCCAAGGGCGAUUGGCUUGUACCAUUGUUACUGCUGGAACCGUACAGGGAAUAUUAUGGUCAAACUGGCUAUGAAUCAGGUCAACUGCGAGUGGCCAUGGCUCGUGGCAACGAUCAUCUGCGGCUUCCGCACGGUAAACUUAUCGAUGGCCGCACUUUGUUAGCUGGGCCCGUGCUCUCAACCGAGGCGUCUCAGCGAGAGGAUUUCAUGGUGCCAUUGCGACGAAAUGUCCAUUUUGGCAAUGACUUUCAUGUGUAUGGCCUGGAAUGGAGCAGCCAAAGUUUUCGAUUUACCAUUGAUGGCAAGGAAUAUGGAGAACUGUCGAGUAUCUUUGCAGAUUCCCAUUCGAAUGCCGGCUGGCGUCGUGGUGGACCAUUAGCACCUUUCGAUCGCAUGUUUUACAUUUCGGUGGGCCUGUCGGUUGGCGGCUUUGGAGAUUUUGUUGAUAAUCUGACGACAGCCACUUAUGAGAAGCCAUGGUCUAAUAAGAAUCCACGGGCAAUGUUGCAUUUCUGGCAAAGGCAGAAUGAUUGGCUACCGUCUUGGAAGCAGCCCAACUUGCUAGUCGACUAUGUACGAGUUUUUGCUAUUUAACGAACCACUAUAUAAUAAUAUGACUGCCCCACAA